GGUACUGUUCUUAGUGUUUGGAGAAGAUUAUAACACUUGGAAUUUAAAUGUCUGCAGAAAGACAGAACCCAUGGUGAGAUGCUUUAUGAGCUGGAGAGCGCUGCUGGAGAAACGCUGAACAUGACCGAAUCUGACCGAACCUCGCCGAGCAUUACCGAACAUCACCGAACUUCACCGAACAUCACCGAGAGAGGACUCGUUCAGUCAGCCAUGUAAAGUGCAGGCGACGGGAUCCUGUUCCGAGCGAUUUUUAUUCCUGAUCUUCAUAUUUCAGAUCGCAGUGAAUCAUGGUUCAGUCCUGCUCGGCGUACGGAUGCAAAAACAGAUACCACAAAGAUAAAAACAUCUCCUUUCAUAAGUUUCCUCUGGCACGACCAGACAUCUGUGGGAGAUGGCUGGCCGCUAUGAAGAGAAGAAACUUCAAACCCACCAAGUACAGCAACAUCUGCUCUCAGCACUUCACCAGAGACUGCUUCAAACACGAGUGCAACAACCGCGUGCUGAAGGACAAUGCCGUGCCCUCGCUCUUCACCUCCAGCAAACUACAGAUGCAGACAGCGUCUCUGGAGGAAACCUUCAGCCCAGACCUGGACUUUCCUCUGAGUCUCCCACUGUCUGACGCUGAAGAGACUCCGGCGGAGCAUCCUUCUGAAGCCCAGCCCGACCCGGACCACUCCAGCACCUUCGUCUCCUGCGACCACAACUACACGGUGGAGGACACGGUGCAGCAGAAGAGACGCAUCGAGAUGCUGCAGGAACAGCUGGAGAAGCUGCGCAAGAGACUGAAGACGGUGCAGCAGAAGUGCAGGAGGCAGGAGAGACAGCUGGAGCGCUUCAGAGCCAUGAGACAGGUCCAGAAGCCCAGCAAGGACACGCCACUGGGAGACGGAUACGUCAUCCUGCCCAAAGAGAUCUACGACGUCCUGAGAGGAAUAGAGACCAUCGGAGCGCUGUGAGAGACGUCGAGAGAGAGAGAGUCACGGUUCUAAAGGGGUUUGACUUCUUCUGUCUGUCAUGACCUGUGUUCUGUGUGUGUGAACGUGUUCUCUGUGACUGAAGGAGGUUCUGAUCACAGAUCUUUGUGGAACCGAAUGUUCUUUCAGGAGAAGAUUGUCCUCUUCAGAGCAGAACUAACUCCACAUGCAGUAACUGCGUGAGGGGAUUCAGGUGUAGAAAACAGAGAAACUGAACUCUUUAGCUCUUGUGAAGAUGGUUUGAUGCCAUGAGACUCGACCGACGCCGUGACAAACGCUUCAGUGGAUCAGGUUCUCAUCAUCUGCAGAUCUGUUGACAUGUUUGUUCUGUUAUUAAAUGUUUUUAUAUAUAUAUAUUUUUUUUAUAGUUUAUACUGACUAGUGUGGUUUGAUUUGAUUAAUGUACUAAGAUGACCAAAUAGAGUCACAUCAAAGGGCUUUGAGCUGUUCGUUGUUCUUUUUUACCCUUUGGUGAUAAAUUUUUUUUUUUUUUUUAAUUUUUUUUUUACAAAACCUUAAUUGUGUAAUCAAUUUAAGCCAUAUAUGCGUAAAAAUAUUUGUUUCUUUGCUGGGAGAACUUCAGUCAUGGUUGGGUUACGCUCACAGUGCACCUGUUCAUGUGUUUGACUAACGCUCUCAUUCUUGACCUGAGCUUGUGCUUGAAUGAGUCUAAGUCUCGUCUGAAUCUCACACUUUAUUACUGUCUUUUACAGACACACUUAUUGGAAGAGGAUUGUGUAUAUGGUCAAAACUCUAUACCACAAAAAUUUAAAUUAACUUCAAAAUAUGAAUUCCUAGACUCCGAUCAUAACAAAUGAAUAUGAUUAACCAUUCAAACUGUGUAAGAGACUGUUUCAGAAUCUCUUUAAUUUUUCUAUCAUUGCAAGUUUUAUGAGAAGGAUGUCUAACAACUGUGAUAACUAAUGUCUGUGAGGGUAAACUGGGAACAGCAGUUCAUUAAAAAAAGAGUUUAACAUGUUAGGCAAGGCAAGUUUAUUUAUAUAGCACAUUUCAUACACUUUGGAAAUUCAAAGUGUUUUACAUAAAGGAAGUAAAAUAGUAAUGAAGAAAAUAAUCACAAAAAUAAAACAAGCAAUUUAAAAACUUUUAAAAAAUGAUAACAAUGUAACUCAAAACAUUGAAGAUAGUUUGUUGAGCAAUUUCUUUCAACCAUCAGCUUUACAGAGUCAACAGGAAAAUAGUUUCAAUAAUUAGGACAAUAACAGUCGUUUUCAUCUUAAGUCAGUUCAUUGAUGAUUCAGUGAUUCAUCAUCCAUCUCUCUUUAGUAGUGUCUCUGCAAGCAGGAAAUGUCCCCAAAACCUUAAAACUGGCUGCUAUUAACCCUCUCAUUAAAAAUGGUAUCUCUGAGGAUUUACAGUCAGGAUUUAGACCGUAUCAUAGUACUGAGACUGCUCUCCUUAGAGUUACAAAUGAUCUGCUCUUAUCAUCUGAUCGUGGGUGUAACUCUCUAUUAGUUUUAUUGGAUCUUAGUGCUGCGUUUGACACAAUUGACCACAACAUUCUUUUGCAUAGACUUGAACACUUUGUUGGCAUCAGUGGAAGUGCAUUAGCAUGGUUUAAAUCGUACUUAUAUGACCGCCAUCAGUUCGUGGCAGUGAAUGAAGAUGUAUCAUAUCGAUCACAAGUGCAGUAUGGAGUACCUCAAGGCUCAGUACUAGGGCCGCUACUCUUCACGCUUUAUAUGUUACCCUUGGGAGAUAUCAUCAGGAAACAUGGUGUUAGCUUUCACUGUUAUGCUGAUGAUACGCAGCUCUAUAUUUCCUCGCAGCCCGGUGAAACACACCAAUUUGAAAAACUAAUGGAAUGCACAGUCGAUAUAAAAAAUUGGAUGAUGAGUAAUUUCUUACUGCUAAAUUCAGAAAAAACAGAGGUGUUAAUCAUAGGGCCUAAAAACUCUGCUUGUAAUAACCUAGAACACUGUCUAAGACUUGAUGGUUGCUCUGUCAAUUCUUCGUCAUCAGUUAGGAACCUAGGUGUGCUACUUGAUCACAAUCUUUCCUUAGAAAGCCACGUUUCUAGCAUUUGUAAAACUGCAUUUUUCCAUCUCAAAAAUAUAUCUAAAUUACGGCCUAUGCUCUCAAUGUCAAAUGCAGAAAUGUUAAUCCAUGCAUUUAUGACCUCAAGGUUAGAUUAUUGUAAUGCUUUAUUGGGUGGUUGCAACUGUAUUUUCAAAGAGUUGUAAUAAAUGUGGAAAGUAGCUCUAUUUAACAAUAAAUUACAUUGUACUUAACUUUUGCUA